CCGGCCCCGGGGCCAUGCGGGGCGCGCCCGGCUCCGCGCUGCGAGCGGCGCUGCCGCUGCUGGGCGCCGCCGUGUCCCUUUGCGCAGGCCUGCAGUGCGUGUGCCAGCUGUGCGAGCACACCAACUUCACCUGCCAGACGGAGGGCGCCUGCUGGGCCUCGGUCAUGCUGGCCAACGGGCGCGAGGAGGUGGUCAAGUCCUGCGUGUCCCUGCCCGAGCUCAACGCCCAGGUCUUCUGCCACAGCUCCAAGAACGUCACCAAGACCGAGUGCUGCUACACCGACUUCUGCAACAACAUCACGCUGCGGCUGCCGCUCGCGGCGGCGGAGGCGGCGGGCCGUGCGGGGCGGCGGCCGGCGGCGCUGGCGGUGGCGGUGGCGGUGCCGCUGUGUGCCCUGGCGCUGCUGGCCGGGCUGCUGGCCAGGGCCCGGGGCCGGCGGCGCCGCGGGGCCAAGCCGCCCAACGUGGAGGAGCCGCUCUGCGAGGGCAGCCUGCUGGGCUCCGGCAAGACGCUGAAGGAUCUCAUCUCCGACAUGACGACCUCCGGCUCCGGCUCCGGGCUGCCUCUGCUGGUCCAGAGAACCAUCGCCAGGACCAUCGUGCUGCAGGAAAUCGUGGGAAAAGGACGGUUUGGCGAAGUCUGGCAUGGGAAGUGGUGCGGGGAGGAUGUGGCUGUGAAAAUCUUCUCCUCCAGAGACGAGCGGUCCUGGUUCCGGGAGGCAGAGAUUUACCAGACGGUCAUGCUGAGGCACGAGAACAUCCUGGGCUUCAUCGCUGCCGACAACAAGGAUAAUGGGACGUGGACUCAGCUCUGGCUGGUCUCCGAGUACCAUGAGCAGGGCUCGCUGUUCGACUACCUGAACAGGGGCACGGUGACGGUGCAGGGCAUGGUCAGGCUGGCGCUGUCGGUGGCCAGCGGCCUGGCCCACCUCCACAUGGAGAUCGUUGGCACGCAAGGGAAGCCAGCGAUCGCACACCGGGAUCUGAAAUCCAAGAACAUCCUGGUGAAGAGGAACGAGACCUGCGCCAUCGCCGACCUGGGGCUGGCGGUGAAGCACGACUCGGUGCUGAACACCAUCGACAUCCCCCAGAACCCCCGCGUGGGCACCAGGAGGUACAUGGCCCCCGAGAUCCUGGAGGAUGCGAUGAACACCAGCAUCUUCGAGUCCUUCAAGCGUGCAGACAUCUACUCCCUGGGGCUGGUGUACUGGGAGAUAGCCCGGAGGUGCUCUGUUGGAGGAAUCACUGAGGAAUACCAGUUGCCUUACUAUGACCUUGUGCCUUCUGAUCCUUCCAUAGAAGAUAUGAGGAGGGUUGUCUGUGAACAGAAGCUCAGACCAAGUAUUCCAAACCAGUGGCAAAGCUGUGAGGCGCUGCGGGUGCUGGCCCGGCUGAUGCGGGAGUGCUGGCGCUCCAGCGGCGCCGCGCGGCUCACGGCGCUGCGCGUCAAGAAGACGAUCUCGCAGCUCUGCGUGCCCGAGGGCCCCAAGGCCUGAGAGCUCGGCCGGCCGGCGGGGGAAGGCGUUCCGCCGGCCUCUCUCCGCCCGCGGGGCUGGUUUGUCCCCGCUCUACCUCAGCUGAUGCGCUCCGGGCCCGGCACAGCCCCGGGCACAGCCCCGGGCGGCCGCGGGACCGGACCGGGACCGGACCGGGACCGGGCAGCUCGGCACCCGCAGCUCGGGUUUGAGACAGCAGGUCCGUGACUUGCUUCGGCUUUUUCUGUAAAUCAGACACCAGUGAGCCGCGGGAAGGAGCUUAAAGCAUCAUGACAGUGUAAAAAUGCCUUCUGCUGUUGUGCUUUUCAUCCUUGUCAGACCCCAAGCGUCCUGGAAGUGCCUGGUGUUGGUUAAAGCCUGUUAGUGAGAGAAACCUCGUGUUCUGUCCUCCAACCAAGUAAAAGACCAAAUUAACCCAGAUUUUUUUAUUUUUAAUUAAUUUUUUUUUUCAGGAAUCUGAAAAGUGGUUGUCAGUAAAUACAUUUUGAAUCCCUAUAUUUAUAAUUAACCAAGCAAUUAGAAAAUAUGGAAAUUCCAAUAAGUGUGUACACUGUGAGCAAAACCAUUCAGUCAGUUCCCUAUUAAUAUUUAUUUUUAUUCUCUCAAUUUCACAUACAAUAUAAUGGUUAACAUUUGAGUUGUUUUACUCUGUCUUUUGCUCAUUGAACAGAUCAAUCAAGGGACAACUUUUCCUUUUAACAGUAGGAAGAAUAAUAGAGGCAACACUUUUCUGUUAGCUGAGAAGUGAUGGAACAGGAGAAAUUCUACCUAAACUGAGAAAAUAUUUCUUUUUAGCAAUGUUUUUCCAACCACUGGCAGCAUUUUUUUAGUGCCUUUUGAUGUAUUAGGGAGAAGCUUUAACAAAAACCAGUGCCACCUAUUCAGAGGUUUCUUACAGAAUUCUGCAACAGCACCAGGCUGGUGAUGAAUAUUAACAUUUCUCACCAGGUUUCCAUAAUAUCACAGCAAGCAAUAUGAGUUGUGUUGAAAUUCAACAAAGUUCUGGCGUUUUUAACUUAUCUUUAAAAGAUCCUUAUCUUAAAAAGGAAGAAUCAAAAUUUAUUUUUUUAAGUGGGGAAAGAGUUUCAGUUUUCAGUUUCCCGCUGGAGUCUCUGAAAAUUGUUGACCAGCCUGGUAAUUUGAAGAAGACCCUUUAGGUGCCUGCUGGGAAGUGUGGGUGAGGAUGCUGAGACUCAGCUACUCCUCACACAGGUCACAGCUCCAGCCCCAGAAGUGCUUUAACCUUUUCCCUGGACAUUUCUCUUGGCAUCAGACAUGAUGGGCUGUUUGCCCUGCCUUUUCACCCAACUCGGUAUUUCUGCUCUGCUUUUCUUUUCUCUUUUGUUGUUGAGAAGUGAAUGUACAUUUUGAUGGAUUAGAGCUGAGCACAACAGAGCCAAGGGGCUGAUGUUGUUGUAUUGAGUUCUGAAAUGUUUGUAAACUCUACACUCCUUUAGAAAAACCCCAAAGAACCCUUGUUUUAAUGGCCUUUCCCCUCCGUGUGGGUUUGUGCUGGUCUAAUUUAAGCACAGAGGUUAUGCCAAGACACUUCUGUGCAGUUUAGGUUUCCUCAGAGGUCACAAUGUUCCUAAUAAUCUUCACUUAAAGCAAAAGUUCUUAAGCUCAUGAAAAUUUUCAAGGUCAAGGGUGCUCAAAACCUGUCACCACAUUCAGCUUCUCCUAAUUGAUGCUUCUAACUGGGGGGAGUUACCAAUAUUUUAUAAUUUGCUUCUAAUUACAAUCUAAAGUUUAAUGUAGGGAUUACGCACUGAAAGGGAAAGUCAAUUAAUGUUUCCUGUAAUACCUAAUUUUCUUUUGUGUUACUUGAACUGCUGCCCCCAGACACUCCUUUAGAAAUUCAGGCUGUAAUCUCCUCUGCACUUCCCUACUUUUAUAAUUUGCACUUAAUCAAGCUCACUCCCUCAUAUGACACUACAAAUAAUCCUAUUAUUUAAAUUCUAUUUGAUUUUAAUUUUAAUUUUAAUUUUAAUUUUUAUUUUCUUUUUAAAAAAUAUUUUAAAUUUUAAUCCUAUUAUUUUAUCCUAAAUUUUAGUCAAUGCUGUGUCACUUCUUUGCUCGGUACGAGAUUCAGGAAUUAUAAAUAAAUGAAUUUAGAAGUA